UGGUGUUACGCUGCAUCCAUCGGUAAGUUUUCUACUUUUCUUACUGGGUUCUGGACCAUGGGUUGGUUACUACCGUGGUAAUCACACUAGGAUGGUUAAAAGACAUUUAUUAUCUAAACCAUCUAAAACAAGGUAAAGUUUAAAGAUAUUUAUUAUUUAAACCAUCUAAAACAAGGUAAAGUUUACAACUCAAAUAUAUUACAAGUAGGAAGUCUAAAUCUAGUAGAACACAUAAUUGCCUAAAAUUCAUCCCGUCAAUCUAUAAAAAGACAACCAGCUAAUAGACUAUCAAAGAAACAGAAAUCUAAACAAAAAUAACAUAUAUUAGAAGUUACCGAUUAUCUAGCUAGGGCAAAUUUGUAAGAAAAAAAAAACGUAUCUAAUGUCUGGAGAAGAUGAAGAAUGGAAGCAACAAAUCCCACCGGGUUUCAAGUUUUGUCCUUCUGAUGAAGAGAUACUACAAUAUUAUCUUCUUCGUCAUGUCACCGGAAACUAUAUCCCGCCCGGAAUAAUACCUCAAGUUGAUCUCUACGAAUGUAACCCUGAUCACCUUCCAGGAGUUAAUAUGGACGGGGAGUAUACGUACUUCUUCACAAAGAGAGAUCGAAAAUAUGUAAAUGGAAAAAAAAAUACUGCUCGGGUUACAAGAGACGGAAGAGGAUAUUGGAAAUCAACAAGCAAAAAAACUACAGUAUUUGCUCAAGAUGGCUCUGAGUUGGGUAAAAAGACCACACUUAAAUAUCAUUUUAAAAACUCAGCAGACGGUAAAGUGGAUAUUCCUGCAGAAUGGAUAAUGCACGAGUAUGUAAUUUCUAACAAGCUCGUCUAUCCCUCAAAAUCAUCAAAAGAGGACGAAUAUUACGAGGAUAUUGCAGCCUGCAGAAUUUAUAAGAAAAAAUCAGAAAUCAAAGAGCAAAGGAACUUGAUUAAUUCUUUAAUUGGGCCCAAUUUCUUCACGACUGAUCAUAGCAAUGGAGAACCACAACCAUCACUAAAGCGAAAAUUCGAAACCCUAAUCACAUCUGAUCAGCCACAUGAUACAACAAUGAAUAUGAAAUAUCUAUGUGAUAGCCAUGCUGCAUUAAUAUUGGAUGGUAUGAGAACCACUUACGAGAUUGGCCAAACAUCAAAUACUAAGUCAGUACCACCUGAGAUUGGCCAAACAUCAAAUACUAACCCAACACCAUCCGAGAUUGGCCAAACGUCAUAUACUAACCUAACACUACUCGAGAUUGGCCAAACAUCAAAUACUAAUUCAACGCCACCUCAGGACAAUAUUGUGCUAACGGGAGAAGGGGUGUAUGUGGGUCCUACUGAUCAAGCCUCGUCGAAUAUUUACCAAAAUCACAGAAAUGAAGGGAAAAUUGAAGGAACUAAUCUUGAUUUUGAUUUGGAUGGAUUGGAUGACAUAUUACUCAAUAGGUCACCCCCAGAUGAGUCAUUUGAGAAAUACUGGCAAUCUCUUGGAAUUUGAGGUUCUUCACCAAACACUACCACCAUAUAUAACACACAAUAAGGAUGUUUUGUAAUAUGAUGUUUGUGAUUCUUUUUUACCUCUUUCUAGGAGCUCGUAUCUUUUUUGCUUCCUU